AUGGAGGAACCCAAGAAGAGGAACUUGCCAAUUCUUCCAUGGAUGAGACGACCGGUGGACAUACAGCAGUUCGAGGAUUGUCCACUCGGUCUCGUUCCGUGCCUCGAUCAGAGGUAAAUUGGUUCUUGCCAUUUCCUUGUCUCGAGCCGGGAUGAACGGGUUUUCUCUUGUUUUGAAGCAACUAUUUCUCACGUUGCCUUCCCUAGAGGUCAUACUCAGAGAAGUUUUUCACUAGAAUUCUGAACGGCAGAUUUUUUUUUGCCGAGAGAUUAUACUCAUAGUAUUAUACUAAACUCAUGAAUAUGCGCAGAUAAGAAAUGGUGCCCCUUGUAAAAUCCAAAAAAAUAAAUAAAAAUGUUUUCUUUUCAGCCUCCGAAGGCAUUUUACUCGGGACCCUUUAGGCUCUUAACCUUCCGCUUACGUGAAACUUUCUCUUUUAGUAUUCAGAUUUAUACUUUAUGAUGACCUAUUCAUAUUUCAUACGCAGUGGUCGUUUAACCUUUUUACCACUAAACCGUGUUUCUGAACUACUGACCGCAAUGCACAGGCUUAAAUUGAGGAAUUUUAUCUGGGCUCCCCAUAAAUAUAUGCAUAUAUAUGAAUAAACUUAUAUACAUACUAGAGCAAGCGAUAGUUGUGCAGCUGAUUGAUUCAUUUGCACAUGACGGAACUCUAGUAUAGAUCUUAACUUUGGUUGGGCUUCUCAAGAUUGCAGGCGGCUUUGGAGAAAAUGACUAUCAGCUCACUUUUUCCAGUGCAAGUAGCUGUGUGGCUGGAGACUAUCGGUCCUGGCUCUUUUGAGAGAGACCUUUGCAUAAACUCACCAACAGGAAGUGGAAAGACUCUAGCGUAUGCAUUGCCCAUUGUUCAACAGCUUUCCACCAGGAAGAUUAGCUGCCUACGCGCUUUGGUUGUACUGCCUACUCGUGAUCUAGCUCUCCAGGUUUACACUGAACUCUUGCUUUUACCUUGAUAUGGUAUUAUAUUGUCGUUUUUUCUGUAUAUUUGCCAUGCAAUUUUUAGAGAUCCGUGUUCAGUAGGUCUCUGAUACUGUCUUAAUUAUCUUCUAUUUCAGGUAAAAAAGGUUUUUGACGCUAUUGCUCCUGCUGUGGGUUUGCAUGUUGGAUUGGCUGUUGGACAAUCUUCUAUUGAAGAGGAGAUUUCAACUUUGAUAAAGAAGCCGAAGCUUGGAGUCGGAAUGUCCUUUGAUCCUGAGGGUUUCCAGACAGAACUGCAAAGUUCUGUGGACAUACUGGUGGCAACACCAGGCAGGCUGAUGGACCAUAUAAAAACCACCAAGGGCUUUAGUCUAAGACACCUGUGCUAUCUGGUAAGCAAUACAUUGGUUAUUCUUGCUUUCUCAAACCUGCUUUCAUAAAAGCAUCGCAGUAGCCUAUUUAUCUGAUCCACAUAAAGGAAAUUUUGAUGAAGAGCUCAUCUUUUAUGAAGGAAUUUCAGCAUAUAAAACACCAUGAUUGCCCGCCAUGCAAGAAACUAAAGGAAAUCAUAGGAAAUAUUUUCCUCAGAAUUGACUCCAGUCGAGUUUCCCAUUCAUACUGAAACUGAUGAGUACUCGAAAAUGCUUCUGGUCUUGCUUAUGGGAUCCAAAAAUUCUAUCUAAAAUUUCUCCUUUUCAUCCAAAUAGAUAACUGAAAAGAAAGCUGUUAAGAGGAUUCUUGACCCAGGUUCUCUAACACUAAUGAAUCAUAAAUUGAUCCACCAGGACAACAACCAGAUGAAAUCGUUUAUUGGUUCGCUGUAUCUGCUGCAAGCAUCUGGAUAGCCAUUUCCAAAAAGUCACAAUCUCCACUAUGAAGUUUCAGUUUUUUUUUUUUUUUUUUUUUUUUUUGUGUGGAAAGAAUCUUGAGUAGAACAAAGACUCUCCAUUGUCUGUAUUUUCUCUACUACAUUAGUGAAGAGUGCUGUGUUAUCUAUCUCCUGCAUCCCUUGGCCCCAAUGCACUUAGUUACGAACCAAUGGAUAUCUCUGACACUUCCAUUACUUGUGGUUUGCUUCAAAUUAUAAAGUUUUAUUUGGGGAUAUUACUUGUGCUAAGACUCUUGAAAGUCGUGAUUUAAUCUCUCAAUAGCACUUCUAAUAAAAAAUCUACUGUGCCGUCAUUUUCAGGUUGUUGAUGAAACUGAUCGAUUCCUCAGAGAGGAGUACCAAUCGUGGUUGCCUACAGUGCUUCGUUUGUCAUGCCCAGAUCAACAAGAAGUUUCCAGCCAUACGAGCAGUUAUUACUUCUCUACAAUUGGUCAGUUGAGAACCUUAAGAAGAUGGUACGUACUGACCAUUUCAGCAAUCUCUUUACAAGUAUUGUAGCCUAGUGCUUUGGAAUCUUCAGCAGAUCACGAGUUGGCCCUCAUGCCACAUCGAUCUGGAGGUUUAUCUUUUCAAACUUAAACUCGGCUUCAAUCAAUUUUUCUGGAGAAAUCUGUUAGUUGAAAAACAAAAAUUCUGUCACUAUCCCUCACGUUUUUUUAUUUGAAAAAUAAUUAGUUACUUGCAUUUGCCCUUAAAGAUAUGGUUAAUUUCAAUGGUUCAUAAAAGCAGUACCGUUCCUUGUUAUCGAACUGGGUUUCCCCCCCAUUUUGCUUAGCCAUUUGAUUUUUUAUUUGUGAAGAAUAACUCAUGGAUUUUUACUGGACCACCCAAAGCUGUGUUAGUGGGUUUACUCCUUGUUUGCCCCUUUUGGAAUUUCCGUUGUUGGAAAGUAUGAACCAGCUUGAAGAAAAUAAAUUGGCAUAUUUUUCCUCUUCAUAAAUCUAAUUAAUUGCUUAUGGUGUGCUUCUUUCGUCAACUAUGUAAUGGUUUUGUUAUUGUCACAUCUCUCUUUUACAGUGGUGUUGAAAGAGGAUUUAAAGGUAAAAUGAGUCCAAGACUUGUCAAGCUUGUUCUUUCCGCUACCCUUACUCAGGAUCCUAGCAAGCUGUCUCAACUGGCCCUUCAUCACCCUCUGUUCUUGACAACUGGCCCAAAACGUUACAAGAUCCCUGAGAGGCUCGAGUCAUGCACACUGGUAGUUCCUUGUAGCCCAAAAUGCUCCUUGAAGAGUGAAUUAGUUUGAUUUAUUUGUGAAGCUUUGCUUAAUGCCAUUUUAUGUCUUAUGGUUGUCUCUUUGAGCUUUACAUGUGUCAAAUUAUUGUCAUUGACGCCUAUUAUUUUGGGCAGAUUUGUGAGUCGAAGAUGAAGCCUCUGUAUUUGGUUGCACUUCUGCAAGGUUUAAGAGGAGAGAAGUGCAUAGUAUUUACGUCAUCCAUGAAAAGAACGCGCAGACUCACCACCUUGCUGAAAUUCUUUGGAGAACUGCCAUUUAAAAUCAGUCAGUUCUGGGGUCAGCAACAUCAAUCCACAAGAAGGUAGUUCUCACACUCACUUGUGAUCAUGCGAGAUUCUCUAUCAAUGAAGAGACGCUAGAAAAUAAUUGUAUUAUCGCUAAUUUUCGGAUGAAGAUAUCUGAAACCAUGACAUGGUUACAUAGUUAAUUACUCUUUACUUUAUGUGGAACGUUGCUUGAGCCUCUUUUGUAUAUCUCUUACUAUUUGGAAACUUUGUCAUUCUGAUGUUUAACAAAAAAAAAAAAAAAAAAAAAAAACUGUACUGCAGCAAAACGUUGGACUCAUUCAGGAAGGGAGAAAUCGAUGUCCUCAUUUCAUCAGACGCCAUUGCUCGCGGGAUGGAUGUUGAGGGCGUGAGAAACGUCAUAAACUAUGAUAUGGCUCCAUAUGUCAAGACAUAUAUCCACAGAGCAGGACGCACUGCUAGAGCAGGCCAGUCGGGGCGGUGCUUUACCAUAUUGAGGAAAGGCGAGGUAGUUGUUCACUCUUUGAACUUCAUCUUGUUCUCCUGAGAAAAUCUACUGCUUGUUUUGCUUGUAUUCUUUGCUAUCUUGGGCUUGAGCCCACUAUCACUUUUCCGAUGAAAACAACAUUAUGAUAAAUAUCUUGGACUUCAACCCACGGUCAUUCUAGUGAUAAAUAUUGCUCUAGGCUUGUAUUUUUAGUGAAGAUGGAGUCAACCCAAUGCCACUUUACUGAGGAAGCCUUCUUCCCUCUAUGCUUGUAUUUUUUUCUAUUUUUUGAAGUUAUAGACUCAGACCUCACUGUCUCUUUUCUGAUAAUCUCGUAUCUAAUGCUUGUGCUUUCUAGUAUUUUUUGAAUAAUUGAGACUAGACCCACUGUCACAGUACUAAUUAUAAUAAUAUUAGCCCAUGCUUGUAUUUUCUUUCACUUUUUUAAUGAUUUAAUCUCAACUCACUGUCGCUUUACUGAUAUUAUCUUAUGCCAUGCUCCAGGACUCGACCCACCCAUAAAAUCUCAUACCAUCCUUAUAUUUUCUGAUAUUUUGGGCAUGAAUCCGCUGUCGUUUUCCCGAAAAAACCAACAUUUUGCUUCUAUUUUUGGAUUUUUUUUUUCUUGGGCCACUCCCCCUGAAUGAAAUCUUCAUUUUUCUGUAGCUUGGAGAAAUAUAGCCGAAAAUAAAUGCCCUAACCAUCUGUUGCUCGAUGGGUUAGAGAAAAUGAUCGAAAGAUGUAUGGAUAUGCCGAGUUUUUGAUUUCUGUAUAACCUUUCUCCUCAGAUGAAGCGUUUCAAGGAGAUGUUGCAGAAGGCCGGUGAGGGCUCUUGCACAGCUCACACUCUGCCUGCUGACUCAGUGGACCAGCUACGCCCUGUCUAUGAAUCUGGUCAGUUCUGAACCUCACACCUCGAGCUUCGGGUUAUUUAAUUGAUUCAGAUGGUCAAACUCUCUCUCUCUCUUCCCAACCCUUGACACUGACUCUAUCGCUCUAUACAUCUGCAGCCUUAAAGAGAUUGAAGGAGGGAGAUUUGGAGACAUCAAAGAAGAAGGGGAUGAGGGCGGGGGGGAUCAAGAGAAAGAAGGAUGAUGUGGACGUUGAGGGAGCAGCGGCUGCUGGAGACUGA